AUGGGUCUUGUAAAGCUCUUGCUCAAAGCGAUCCUCAUCCCGAUUAUUGUCCUCAUUGUCAUUGCUGUUGUUAUUUUCCUCCUCGUCAAAAUGCGUCUAGACCGCAAAAAGAAAGAAAAGGAACUCGACAAGUCUUUCCAGCCACCUCCUAUACAGCAAUGGGUGCCGUACACCCCAGUCCAACAACCGGCCCCGGCAUAUGUCAAAACACCGGGGGAGAUGGAGCAAGGAAUUGGACACAGACAGUCUUAG